AUGGAUUAAUAAACCUUAACAGGACUACUCCAAUAGCUAUAUGAGAAAGAUAAUUAAUAAUGGAGACAUAAUAGUAUUAAGGAGUAGAAUGAGUAUAUAUCCAAUGUGAGAGGUUCAGACAAUGAAGAACAAUAAUAAUUCAACUUGGAGAAUUCAUAGAACAUAGUGGAAGGACUAAACCAAGUUGGAUAAAUCCAACAAGAGGCCUUGGACCAAAGAGAAAAAAUAAGUUUGCUCAUCAUAUAGAUUAGGCUAAAGCGCUAGUAAGCAGUCGAGGAGCUUUAAGCUGAUGAUACAUUCCGAUAGCUAGAAUAAAAAUGUUAUCACCAGGAAGGAAUUGUGGAGAAUUUUAUCAAAGAAAUCAAUUAAAUUCAGAAAAAUUUGUAUUUCGUUAUUGAAUUAGGUUUAAUAACCAUGUAUUAUUUACAUAUUUUAGAUGAUGUUAAAUUAAUCAGCAAAACGUUUAAAACUAUUAUUGUUUUGAAAAAUCAAGGUCAUCCUGCGAUGCAAAUAUCGUUUAUUUGUUGCAAAUAAUUUAGGUCAAAUGUGAAUUAUAGAAGUGUAGUAGAGAUGGUUCAGACACAAACGAACUCUUUAACUGUGAGAUUGUUAAGCACUAAACAUUUAGAAUUUUAUAUUAAGUAAUUAGGUUAUAAUAUACUUUCUUCCUUAUCUAUAUUACAUUUAAGCAUAAGAUAAUAUAAAUCUAAUCAUUAGAUAAGCAUAUCUUAAAUGAGUAAAUGA